AUGUUAGGCUGGCUGGAGCCAACAUCAGAGAACGAAGGCUCAUGUGCAACUUGGCUACCAGAGCUUUUUCCAAGCGACACUGUGGAACUUUCGGAGGGCUAUCCAUUGAAACCCAUAAGCUCACCAUUGCUCAGUAAGCAGGUGGAGGAGUUGGUUGCUCAACUAUCAAAGACGCAUGAGGUCAUGGCACAACACAACACUACAAAUGUGCCGGACUUUGAUAUGUCUCUGGCAAAGUCGGUCUUUACCGUUCCGAAUUUCGAGUACUUUCUUGGCGUCUAUGCCUAUUCGAUCAGGUCAUAUCACCCCAUUCUUCACAUCCCCACCUUUCGUUAUGACCAUGUUACCCUACCUCUUUUAUUGGCUAUAUUUCUCUUAGGGGCCCUUGUUUCUGCGCCUAUGGAUCAUGCUGUCUCAGCCCGCCAUUUCUUCCACGUUUCCGAGGAGUUUAUCUUCAAUCACCCAACAUUCAGACAGUUGCUCCUCGGAAGCAACACCCCUAAAGACCCGACAAUCCAGUCUAUAGAGGUUCUGCAGGCUGCCCUGACCAUUCUCUUCAUCCAGAGUGGCAUAAACGAUCAGUCAACCCGUCGUCGAAUUCGAGUGGAGAAGAGUCCCCUUUUAAGUGCUGCGGUCCGAUUGUCUGGGGUUCUCCGGGUUAAGCAUCGAAUCUCAAUAACCGAUUACACUGCUGAGGAUUGGUCCCUGUUUAUUGAACGUGAAACUUGCAUCCGGUAA